CUCUCAGUCAUUUCCUUGGUUUGGACUGAAACAAGCACACACAGUGCCCUGACACGGUUCGCAGAGGCACACGGUGGCAGAGGAUCUGCGGCUGGAUGUCAGAGGACCACAGGGAAAUACUGCAAUAAUCCCUAAAUGUGAUGAAAAUAUAGGACAGCAAUUUUUUUUUUAAAUCUCCAGGAUAAUCUGACACACAGAGGGAGAAAACACCCUUCAACCUAUGUUUUUUGGAAUUUGGAAUUAAUAUCUUAUUUCUAUCCAUAAGGUGUGUACGUAAAAGAUGUUGCCACAUUGCUCCCUCCUGCUGUUGCUAUGCGUGGCCCGGCUGCUCUCCGUCUCCUCUGCCCUGCCCUUCGAGCAGAGAGGCUUCUGGGAUUUUGCCAUGGACAGUAUGGACAGCGGCGGGAUGAUGACAAUGAUGAGAGAUGAGGAAGAAGGCUCAGCCGUGGAGGAGAUCCUGCCCCCUGACAUACCCAUGUGCCCCUUCGGCUGCCACUGUCAGCUCAGGGUCGUCCAGUGUUCUGACCUCGGUCUGACCGAGGUGCCAAAGAAUAUUCCUCGCGACACAAAGUUUCUGGACCUGCAGAACAACCGUAUCACUGAGCUUAAAGAGAAUGACUUCAAAGGCCUCACUAACUUAUAUGGUCUGUCUCUGAGGAAUAACCUUAUUUCCAAAGUCCACCCCAAAACAUUUGUGCCUCUGAAGCACAUGCAGAAGCUUUACUUCUCCAAGAAUUUGCUGACCACUGUCCCCAAGAACUUGCCUGCCUCUCUGGUUGAGAUGAGGAUCCAUGAGAACCGCAUCAAGAAGGUGGCAGCUGGAGCUUUCGCAGGACUGGGCAACAUGAACUGCAUAGAAAUGGGAGCAAACCCCAUCCAGAACAGCGGUUUUGAGCCUGGAGCCUUCAAGGGACUGAAACUUAAUUAUCUGCGUAUAUCAGAGGCCAAACUGACUGGGGUGCCAAAAGAUCUCCCAGAGAGUCUCCAUGAGCUUCAUCUGGACCACAACGAGAUCCAGGCUGUGGAACUGGAGGACCUGAGCCGCUACAAAAACCUGUACAGGUUGGGCCUUGGCUUUAACCAUAUCCGUAACAUAGAGAACGGCAGUCUGUCUUACCUCCCCAGGCUGAGAGAGCUGCAUCUGGACAACAACCGCCUCACUCGUGUUCCCAAAGGUCUCCCAGAUAUGAAAUACCUACAGGUGGUGUACCUCCAUUCCAACAACAUCAACCAGGUGGGUGUGGAUGACUUCUGCCCUCGAGGAUUUGGGAUGAAGAGGACAUUCUAUAACGGCAUCAGCCUGUUUGCUAACCCUGUCAACUACUGGGAGGUGCAGCCUGCCACGUUCCGCUGUGUCACUGACCGUCUGGCCAUUCAGUUUGGCAACUACAAAAAGUAAAGACAGGGGGAAACUGAGAGGUGGAGAGAGUGAGGGGAAGGGGAUGCAGGAAUGGAGGAGGAGCAAAUAAUUUAAAUGAUGAAAAAAACUUGAGUGUUGUAAGGGAGUUCAUAUUUGAAAUGAUUAAUAUUAUUAUUAUUAUUAUUAUUGUUGUUUUUGGAGAGAGGAUGAGUGAUGGAGAAUAUGGGCAAUAAACUGAUGAAAUAGAAAGGGAAGUGAAAAAUACAAUCACAUAACUUGAAGGGAGUGGAAAGCAAAGCGCUUGCAGUACUUCACCUUGUUUUCGCAUUUUUGGAUUUAAGGUUUUGAAGGUUUUGCCAUCUGAAAUAGAUGAAACAGAGGAGAUGGUCUAAGGAGAAUGUUUUCCCCUAGCCUAAAUCGAUGAAAAAUGAGUACUGAAAACUUGUGAAGCAUUUCAUUCCAUAUUUUUUACACAAUAGUGCUUAUUGUGAUAGAAGUCAUUUUUGUUUUAUUAACAUUUUAAGAUUACAAGUAAAAAAUAGAAAAGCAAUGCAUUAUAGAUUUUUUUUUAUAUAUAUAUACAUAAAAAAGUGCUCUGUAUGACUUUCUGUGUGUGGAGAUACAUCACAUUGUCCCUGUUUCACUGGUCCGAAGCCAUUUGGCCCUCAACUCUGUGAUUAAAUCAUACUGUAUUAAUAAACAACUAGUCACAGAUUUGGGGCUAUUUUCCACAAUUUACAGACACAAAAACAAUUGCACAAAAAUCAGAAACUAUUAUUCAAGUUUACCAGUUCAAAAACAUUUUUGUUGAUUGAUUAAAAGGGCAAUAGGUACAUUUUAAAAUUCCCCUCAUCAGUGCUAAACCAUAUUUUCUUAUUGAUCUGAGGUAACCAGCCUGCCUGUGUAAGGAGUCUAUUCUGUGUCUUUACUAAAUAUUAUGCUGUCUGUAUGAUACUUUAAUUCAGUAUUCCUUGAGGGGACACUGAGUAGUAGUGGGGGUUUGCCCCAGUUAGAGAAAACACACUUCCGCUUUGCUUUGACACAAUGACAGCAGUGUGUUUACAUAGUGCUACAAACAAUAGUAGUGUUGAUGCAUUGUUUUGCACAGUUUUUCUGUUAUGCUUUAUCUGCUUCAGGGUUAUUGGAGAGUUAGCCUGUUUACGUUGGUAAACCUAUGUGGAACUACUUUAGCCAUAAGUAUUCUGUCCUGUCUCUGUUCUGUAAUCUGGCAAGCUACUGCUGCAUGUGAAUAAAGUCAUUUUUAGCCUGCUGCAUAAAGUCAGAGAACAACUGAUGUCCCUGAGUUGGAUGCUGUGUGAGAAAUAAAGAAGAAAUAUCA